ACAGCACUGGUCACAUCUGACUUCUGGGUAUAUUUGUAUUCCCUUUUGGCACCGAGAGGUUGGCAGGUGUUGGUAGAAGACUUGGCAUGGCUGGAUAACCACGGCCAUUGGUUGCUUGCCUGGUGUGAACUCCUAAGGCUUUUGGUUAUGGAAUUUGCUUUCCAUGAGAGGGAGAUUCCUGAGCAGAUUUAGAACAGAACUUCACUAGUUUUAUUCUCCCUAGACAAAAAAAACCCAGAUUUUUAUUUAUUCCCUUCUUUUAUCAUAUUAAUAAUGAUGGGAAACAGACUUUAUUCUUCAGUUACCUAUUAUUAGCCUCUAAAUUGGGGUGGCUUUGUCUGCUUUUCAUAAUUUAGCUAUAAAAUAUGAAAGUGACUAUGCCAAAGAGGAAAGUAGAUACAGAAUAAAGGUACACAAAAUUGUUAUGUCUCAGAGUUCCUAUUGGUGUCCAAGAUAAAUCAGGAUAUAUUAAAGAAGUGACAUUGAAUCCUAGUCCUAAUAAAUUUGAACAGUAAAUUUGGACCUGCUUAAUACAGAAAAAUAUUAGACACUGUCCAACUGAGUUGAUGUGUCAUUACAGGAAGAAGCACAUUGCUGUCAAGCAAUUUAUGCUUGUCCCAAGAACCAGCUCGAUGUACAAGAGAGUAAUAUUUGGAUUGCAUACAAAGAUAUCUUAUGUUUUUAACCACAGGCUGAAGCUGUCAGCCUGAAAAGUUUCAGUGUUUAGCAGCUCCUCUGCUGCAGUGUGCAGCAGAACUCUAUUUAAAAAGUCCUCUUGCUUUAGAAAAUAAACAAAUAAAAGUUCAAACAUCAAUUCAAGAACAAGGAAAGGGACUCUGAGGAAAAGGAGGAAGAGAAAAGCUGGAGGGUGUGUGUGUGUUUAGGUUUAUCCCUCUGCUUGGAGCAAACUUAUGCAUUGUCUUCAUUUAUCAUUAAUGGUCUUUCACAUUCCUUUUUCUAGAGUGAUGGACAUCAAGUGAGGCAGUUUGAGUCAAGUUCAGUCAUUGUCCAUUUCUGCUUGUGGAAUUUUUAACUAGGUGAAUCGUUACAGGAUUUUACCUUUACUGUAUGAUUGUAAAGGUAACACUAGUGAAAUGUUGGUUUAUGGCAUUUGUGCUUGCUUAUCUUCUAGACUGGGAGGGGAAAAGGAACGUAGCAGCUCAGACCAGUAGACAGGACAUUCUUGAAAGAAACUAUCUCUCUGUGCCCAGUUGCUUCACUGAUCAUACUUGGCUCUGAGUAAGAGCUCAAUUCUCCAAAAGCCUUGCUCUCUUCUCUGUUUGCUUUGAUUUAAUAGCAGUGUUUCCAUUUGUCCUGUCUUGUCCAGCAUUGAGACUUUAAAUUCAUUCUGUCUUGGAGGUGAGUGUUGGUCAGAGCAUGGUGCUGAUACUGACAAGGUCUCAGGGUCCAUGCCUGUGUGGGCCAUUCACUUGGGAGUUGGACUCAAGGAUCCUUGCGGGUCCUUCCAGCUCAGAAUAUUCUGUGUGUGAUCUGUGCAUUUCAUAGAGCCAGCUUUUCCUUCAAAUUUCUUCAGCUACAAAAAAUUAGAGAAAGAAAUGGUAUCAAGGUGCUGCUUGGGUCAGUGAUGGCAUCAGAGUGCCCUGCUCUUGGAGACUUUGGCCUUGAUCCCAGCUUCAGUGGAGAGACUUGUUGUUUUAUUCUUUUUUGAAAGUUGAAUGAUCUUUAUUUACAUUUGCAUGUGCAGCUUUUUUCUUCAGCAUUUUAAUACCCUCUCAUUUUCUUUUGUAUGCUACCUCUAUUUUUGUCAUACAGUUUGAACUGCUUUCCAUUAAGUCUUUCCCUACCUAUGUUUUUCUGAAUGUGAUGAGGUGUUAGUAUUCCUUGGAUGUACUGUGCAAAAUCGUGCUAUGAUGUGUAAGCUCUAUGAAAGGCCUAGAUUUCAGUUGUUAUGUAAAUUGAGGGGGUUUGCUAUUCUUUUCCAUAGGACCUUUUCUCAUUCCCUUGCUCUGUGUGAGAGAUCAUGAUUUGAAUUCCUCACUUUUUGUCUUCACUAAGCAUAAAACAUCUUGACACCCGGAAUAUUUCCUAGAGCGGCUUCAUUGUUGAAAAUUUGUCCUUCUGCUGUUUGUCCCUUGUCUCUGUGGUAUUACCAGAUUCCUGAAAUGUCCUUGUCCUUCAACAUCAUCCAUUCUUUAAGGCUUUUUCCCUCCAUGAGCUGUUGUGCCUUUUUGUACAGUUUCAUUCAAAUUACAACAUGACUGGUUUUGUUUUCUCAUCUUCCCACAAGCAUGCUUGCUGGUUCAGGGUAUCUGUCUGUGCCUCAGCACUCAGAUAGGAUACUUAAGCCUUCCAAUGCACUGGAAACUGAGACAACAAAAGAUGCAGUUCAGGAUGAACUGGUACUGCUGUGUGGGACAUAAGUUAUGCUCUGACUGUGAGCAGUGCUUGUCCUUCAUCUCUAUGGAGGCCAAGACAAUCUUGUUCCCUUCUGUCCAUUGAGUAUUAUUUCAGCACAGAAAAUCUGGAGAGAGAUUUCUUCCUGAGGAGGAAGAUGGACCAACAAGGAUUUUUGCCUGUGUCGCUGAUCGCCAGUUUCCGUCGGAUGCAAGCUCUGACUACGAAUGCUGCGCUCAUUUUGGAGGCCCUAAAGGACAGUACAGAAGUUGAAACUGUGGAUCAGAAACUAAGAAAAAGGGUUGAUCCAGAAAAGUGGCCAAUACCAGGUCCUCCUCCAUGCAACCUGCCUCCAACUGACUUUUCUCAGCUCAUCAAUUGUCCAGAAUUCAUACCAGGCCAAACUUUUGGCUCUCAUACUGAGUCUGCACCAAGUUCUCCAAGAGUGGGGAGCCCGCUGAGUCCAAAGGAAAACACUGAAUCAAGUAAUUUUCAGACAAUGUCUAAAGGACUGUCUACAAGUUUGCCUGAUUUGGACUCUGAACCUUGGAUAGAAGUGAAGAAGAGGCAUCGUGCAUCCACUGUCAAGCUAAAGGAGACUGUUCCUGUACCUGAUCAAACACCAGAUCAACACCAGCCAUUCCCACCUCAGGAGGAACAAGAACAGGAAGAACUUGAAUUUUUGUUUGACGAAGAGAUGGAACAAAAUCAGUGUCGGAAAAAUAAAUUUACUGAUUGGUCAGAUAGCGAUUCUGAUUAUGAAAUUGAUGAUCAGGAUGUAAACAAGAUUUUAAUUGUAACACAGACACCACCAUUUGUGAAAAAACAUCCUUGUGGAGACCGUUCUGGCAACCGUGUGUGCCAUGCAAAAAUUACAUCAGAACUUGCUAAAGUCAUUAAUGAUGGCUUGUACUACUAUGAACAGGAUUUGUGGAUGGAUCAGAGUGAAAAUGAUGCCAUGAUGAAGCAAGAGAUUGAGAACUUUAAGAAGCUGAACCUCAUUCAUAAGGAUGAAUUUGUUAGUCUUGCACCAGAAACUGCUGAUCCAACCCAAGAAGUUCCUCCAAGACCUCCAGGGUUACAGAAAACAGAGGAGCUGGCCUGUAAUUUCGUGAGUGCUGAAGUACUUCCCACGGCAGGAGUGGCUCGAUCGCUGCCAACAGCAGUCCCAGAUUCCCCCCGUUUCCACCCUGGCUUCAUCCCACGAACACCUCGCACCCCAAGGCUCCAGGAUCCCAACAAAACACCCAGGUUCUACCCUGUUGUUAAAGAAGCACGAUCCUUUGAUGUAAAGGCUCCAAGAAAAAGAAAAACUCGCCACAGUACAAAUCCUCCUUUGGAAUGCCAUGUUGGUUGGGUGAUGGAUUCCAGAGACCACAGGCCAAGAACUUCCUCUGUAAGCAGUUCCAAUGCCUCACCUUCAGAAGGAGCUCCACUGGCAGGUUAUGGAUGUACUCCAAAUUCUCUUCCCAAAUUCCAGCACCCAUCUCACGAACUGUUAAAGGAAAAUGGCUUUACUCAGCAGGUGUACCACAAAUACCGGCGGAGGUGUUUAACAGAGAGGAAACGGUUGGGAAUUGGCCAGUCCCAAGAAAUGAACACACUUUUUCGUUUCUGGUCCUUUUUUCUGAGAGAUCAUUUCAACAAGAAAAUGUAUGAAGAAUUCAAACAGCUUGCUCUAGAGGAUGCAAAAGAACACUACAGGUACGGCUUGGAAUGCUUGUUCAGAUUUUACAGCUAUGGCCUGGAAAAGAAAUUCAGGAAAGAAAUAUUCGAGGAUUUCCAACAAGAAACAAAGAGGGACUAUGAAGCUGGUCAGCUGUAUGGACUGGAAAAAUUUUGGGCUUACCUAAAAUACUCUCAGCACAAGACUCCAGCUGUUGACCCCAAACUGCAAGAAUACCUGAGUAAAUUUAAGAGACUGGAGGACUUUAGGGUGGAUCCUCCUAUUGGUGAAGAGUGUGGCAGGAGGAGAUCAGGUGAGGAUUCAGGGCACCGCAGACAUCAGCCCAACUCUUCUAAAACCCUUCCCACCACCAAACCCGCCGCUGCCUGUCAGUCCCGGGCACUGGGAAGUGUUUCCUCUGGGAAUACUGUGCAAGCCACAAAAUCUAUAGAAAGUGAUGUACCAGAAAAAUAGACUUUGGAUGAGUUUGUGCCCUCGAGAAUCAACUUUGGCAUCGCUCCCCUGAUCUGGAGAUCUUCAAGGCGAGGCAGUCUCUACUACGUGAUUAAAAAUGUAUGGGAAGACAAAGGAUGGGAUGCUCUUUUUCACGGGAUAUAGUUCCAAAACACUUGCCCUAGGAGAGUUGCUCUUGGUUAUGGGAUCAUUGGAAGGAUGCUAGGGAAGAUUCUUUGGCUUCAGUAUUGCUUUCCUCAAGCUUUUGUUUACAAAGAACUGCAUUCCUUGCAUAUGCAAAAAAUAACUUCGAGGGAUGCCUUACAUUUCAGCUCAGAUUUCUUAAAAAAAGUAUGAUGUAUACCCAUGUUACUUACUGUGGUUUCCUUACCCAUAUUUCCCUGUUAUUUGUAUUUUACCAAAGCAAAAAAGAUUACAUUAUAUGUAGAAUAUUAAAUGGAAAGGAAUGUGACAGGUUUGCUUUCAAGGCUAACUAUCAAAAAAAUAUGUUUUUCUGCAAAAGCACAUUUGAGAACAUGCAGCUGUAUAUGAAACUGCAUUUCUGGAUUCUAUUUAAAGAUAGAGUUUCUAUUUUUUUUCAGGGUCUCCAUAGUUAGUAUUUUAUUAAGUAUGGAGUUUGAGUGGACAUAACUGGGAUAGUUUUGCAGGUAUUUCCUUCAGUGCUGGUUCUUUAAUAAUUAACUCAAGCAACAGAAAACUACAGGGGAGAAUUGAGCUUUUAAUUUCGUAGUGUCUUAACAUUCAGUAUCUACAGUUUGUGCAGAUUGUUAAAAUAGCCAACUAUUCAUACUCUGGGCUUGAGAGGUGUCUUCAUUGGAAUUCUCUUAUGAUUAUGAAGUCUAGCAGGAGAGGCAUAAUUUUGAAUUUUUUAUCUCCAUACUUCAAGUAGUAACUAGUUUGGAGGGAAACAAAGUAUUCCUUGUAAAUUUUAAUUUUAAUUUGCUUUGUUUUGCAAUAUCUGAAUGAAGUUCUGCUUAAAUUGUGCUCGCUAAGCCUAAAUGAUUUCAAACAGGUCUAAAGACAAUUUCACUGAAUGUAAGUUACUCAAGUAAAAAUCCAUUUUUGUAGCUGAAAGAGGGGGAUGUUUAUAACCUGUCAUGUCUUAUUAACUUCACUACUUUGUUUUUAAAGACUCAAGAAGAACCAAGUGAAUAACUUCUCUUCUGGGGUAGGUGAGAGGAAUUCCAGCUUUUGGUUAGUUAACUGCAGAAUUACUUCAGUUAAUUUAUAAAAAAAGUUACGAAGUGAUGCCUAGCACAGAUGCCUUAAACCGACUGCACGGCCAUAGAUGGAGCUUUAAACUAACAGCUCUCAGAGGUUACAGUGAAUCUGUUAAUUUUUCAGUCAUUGUGCUGUGAAUCUCACUGAAACAAAUGAUGGAUGUUGGCAUUGAAAGGAGUGGAUGGUAGCAGUGACUUUCCCCACAGUUUAUACCAUUUCAGCACAAAAUCCAGCCUUUUGUCAGUGGCCUGUUCUAAAUAAAUUUAAAUGAACACAUACCAAGAUUUGAAGUAAAUAUCCUAUAAAUAUGCUGAAGUGACACAUCUCAAUCCUGUGUUUGAUCCAUGCCUUUUGCUACCCAUGAAAAUGCGAAUGUAAAUUUGGAUUGAAAUUGUAUAUACGAGUAAUAAAUUUAAGAUAUUUCAAUUUUUCAUUGGAAAAUGUGCAGAUUAAGCUUUUAGUGUGUGUAAUUUUGUGAUAUAUUGGAAAAUUUUAUAAAAACAACAAAAAACCCUA